GGAAAAUAAAUCUACCCCAAGGUCCCAAACCUUUCUUUACCCUCUUUGUUUCUGACUAAACAUGUCUGAGGUCCCAACAACACCAAUUACAGGAAAGGAGGCUUCUUUGGCUAUUGUUCCAGCUCCACAACACCAAGUGCUCACUCACAGCGCUAAUGGGUCUUCUUCAUCCCUCACCUCUACUUCCAAGGUGUACCCUCCAGCCUCGGCCAAGUUUGAGGAUGUGGUUCAAAGCUCGGACCUUUUCUGGCAAAAGCUCAAGGAGUUUCACGAUUCCCUAGGAACCAAAAAAUUCAUGAUUCCUACUGUUGGAGGAAAAGCUCUGGAUAUGCAUCUCCUUUUUGUAGAAGUCACAUCUCGUGGUGGCAUUGAAAAGGUGAUUAGAGAUCGCCAAUGGAAAGAAGUGAUUGUGGUCUUCAAUUUCCCAACAACUAUUACCAGUGCAUCAUUUGUCUUACGGAAGUACUACUUGUCUUUGCUCUAUGACUUUGAGCAGGUCUAUUAUUUCCAUAAAGAAGUUAUUAGAAUCCCAGUGCAUGAUCCAGAAGGCAGGAACCUUGACAAUGGGUCAGCACGGGAGCAAGGUACCAUCCGGUUUCAAGGUCAGGCCACCCCGAUAGCAAUGCAACCGGGCGGUUCCAUUAUGGGAACCAUUGACAGAAAAUGUGAGGAGGGAUAUGUUAUUACUGUAAACUUGGGUUCUGAAGUGCUGACUGGUAUCUUGUACCAUCAUCCUGUGGCUGGGUCUCAGAAUUUUUCUGAGAUUCCUACUCAACGGAACCGAAAGAGAUCUAGGUUGGCAACACGUGAUCCCUCUCGGCCCAAGUCCAACAGGAGUGGCUAUAAUUUCUUCUUCGCUGAGCACUAUGCCAGCUUAAAGCCUUUGUAUUAUGGCCAAGAGAGAGCCAUUAGCAAGCAAAUUGGGUAUCUAUGGAACAACCUUACAGAGGAUGAGAAACAGGUUUAUCAGGAAAAGGGGUUGCAGGACAAGGAGCGAUACAAGUCCGAGAUGAUGGAAUAUAGAGCACAACAAUAGUAGGCUCUGGUUUAGGUAGACACAUGUUUCCCUUUGUAUGCUCUUGUUGUAGCAUUAGCUGGGAACAAUGGUUCAAGUUCAUUUCUCUUUGCGAAGGCUGUACCCCCGGCCGGUGUGCCCCUUUUGCGAAACUGUGGAAGACUUGACAUAACAGUUGAAUUUGUGUAGCAUUUGGGAUUUCAAACAAAUAACUUUAUUGUAGUAAAAUCCGUUGGUGUAUUUAGUUGUAGCACAAAAUCUAUCUAGGUAAUGAAUCCAAGUUCGUUAAGUUCGUUUA